CUCUCCACAAGCUUUCGAGAGCGGAGUGGAGGGGUGGUACCAGGCCACGCAGAGCUCAUGCCGCGCUCUGCCCAGUCGGGCGCAUCAAUCUGAUGAUGUGCCGCCGAGCAGGGACAUCCGUUCCGCCAGCGGCGGUAUCUCCAGCAACGCAGGCACCGUCACCCCUCCCUCCCCAUCUCGACCCGCUCCAUCGUCAUAGAGGCGGAGGAGUCCCAGGCUGGACGCCAGGGUCCUUCUCAAGCUAGCGGCACCCUGAGUUGCAAGCCCUCGCUCGCGGACUCGAUUGCUGCAUGAGACCGUCUGUUUCUACUGGUUCCGCGUCGAGACUUGCGAGCUUUUGGCGGUCACUUCUCCAAACUUCGCUCACAGAUUGGCAUGGAUGCUUGAGCAGUUCGAUAUCCCACAGACAUGGCCAAGGCCAGCGAGUGGACCCGUCCGAAGACCGCCCAUUUGUGCGGGUUAAUGAGCGGCUAUCCUUCGGUUUUGGAGAUGUGGACUUCAUCCCUCACGAGUCGGCUGUCCGUUCGCCUCAUGCACAUUGCGGCAGAAAGCCAUCUUGGGGUUAUACCUCGCCGUCGUGUAACCCACUCCCCAGCUGCGACGGUGCAGAUCUCACGAGGGCGAAACUUCGCGGCCAGUGUCGAGAUACAGACUGUUGGCCAGAACGGGGCGCCAAAUUUCAGAUGGUCAGCUGGCCGAAGCCGGUGGGAUGGACGGAGGUGCAUCCGGACAAAACGAUGCGUUUCUUCGCAAGACACGUCGAGAUUGAGUUGACCCGGUAUCCGGCCAUGCCCGCCGUUUUAGCCUUUGAAAAUACCCGCGCCAACCAGAGGGGCCGGCUAAUUAGGAGCCGCGAGAGAAAACAGCGUGAUGUCCACAGUGGGUUCCCAUUUCGCCGGAGUAUCUCCAUUGCUGGUCCUUCACCUGGCCUUCACCAAGGUGAGAGCCGGGGAGCUGCUGGUGAUGCUAACUGGUCCUGACUCGACGUGGAAGUGAACUUCAGCUCAGAGUUCAGGAGGCGCCUCUCACUUGCCGACUGAGUGACUGUUGUGUCGUGGCAUUUGACAAUUCUCGGUGGAUAGAAGUGUUGCGCGCUUGAUUGCGGUCUCGGUUGAGUUCUCUUUCGGCGAUGUCGUGGUAUUGGAGACCAAAAAAAGGAUCUUUCAGGUUGAACUGCAAUUUUAGUUCGAGUUCAAGGUGUCAAAACACAUAACAUCCCACAGAGCCGCGUUGAAACGCCCUUUCCCUUUCAGUUUCAAUUUGACUGGUUGGAUGAGAACUUUGAUGGCUGCAUGUUUCCCGGACGACAUUUUCCUACUUGACAACGCCCCGAAACCACAAGCCGGGACCGAACACCUGAGAACCAACAAGAAUUUGACUGUGAUUUUGGGGGGUUCUUAUAAAUGAUGUCGAUUUCAUGCGGUUGUGGC